AUGGAGACAUUGUUGCCAGGUUGGGUAGGCCUUUUGGAGGUCUAUCCGCACGACUGCCUUUCUACGGACGACCAUGACUCCCCAGAUGACAAUCUAUAUACAACGAAUAUUGAGUCUCAGAACGGGCAGACCAUCAACUGGCUCCGUGACAAGGAUAUGCUCCCCGCGGCCGUUCCGCGCGCAUGCCUCAUGCUAUACAACUGGCCUGCCAAGUUCUAUACCGAUGCUGUGGAUCUAACGCUCCAUGAUCUUGCCCAAGUCCUCUGGUUAGACAUCCAUGGGAGAAGACGCCAAGCCCUACACUCCGCAGCUUCAAAGACGAGUACAUACUCUUAUUUACGAGAUGUGAUAGUGGGAAUUAUAUUCCUGGGAACGCCCUUCAACGGUACACCGAUGCAGAGACAAGCACAAUGGCUGAUCGCAUAUGGGAACCUCACCAGCGAGGACACUUCCCGUGCUCUCGUCGAAAAUCUUGCUGCAGAGGAAACGAACGCACACCUCAAAGAACUUGUUGACGAUUUUGCCAUGAGCGUCAACUCAGACAAUUUCUCCAUUCCUAUACACUGCUUCUACGAAACCCAAAAGACAAAUCUCGCCAAAAAGGCACUCCCUCGGUCAUUGGCCAAAUACAUGCACUAUAACAGAUUUAUAGUGGAUAAAAAUUCUGCAUCACUUCGAGGCUUCCAAAGCACCUACCUCAACUGUAAUCACGUUAUGAUGAACAAAUUCGCCCCUGGCACAAAUGAAUACGAUCGUGUUAGAGACGUUGUAGUUGGCUUUGUUGAAAAUAGUCGCAACGUUCUUGCUAAACGCAGCCCUGCCUAUGGUGGCAUCAUGCUGCUAGAUGACUUGAUGCAAUGGGUGUCGAAAUGUCAGCCUCUACUUGACUGGCGAUCAGAGUUAGAGACUCAACAUUCACUUACGUCGGCACUACCUCUGGACCAUCCAACAUGGUUCACGCACACCAGUCCAUAUGUCGCUUGGUAUCGAGAGCUACGGGGAGUGCUGUGGCACCGCAGCGAAGUUGGAGACCAGUCAAGUCCUCUGAUAUACGUAGCAAAUAGGAUUGAGGCGGCCCGCACAAGCUUGAAAGCUCUCUAUUUCUCAGGGCUAUGUGUCCAAACACCCGAAGUCCUUCUCGGUACCAAACCCUCCUCGUAUGCUCAUCCGAAUCAGGUCAUUCAAACGCUCCUUGCGCAAUACUUCCAGAUUGUUAAGAAUGACGUAUCGGAGCUCAAGAGAAGUUUGAAGAUUCUUCUUGAUAACAGCGAUGAUCUUGAUGACUUGAAAAGGAUGAUGGCUACGGGGUGGAUGUCGCCAUCCUUGGAUGUGUUAAGAGUCUUCAGACAGCUGCUUUUUCUUCCUAGGGACACAAAAUUUAUGCUUGUCAUUGACAACGCGGAUUUCAUAAGCACCACCAGUUCCCUGGCCAAGUUUCUGGAAACUUGUAGCAAAAGUAUGCCGGUCCUAAUAAGUGGCACAGCAGCCAUCGGGAUAGACAGGCAUAUCCCCGAGGCAAGAAUUGUGAACAAAAAUACGGAAUAUACUGAAUGCUUGGAGUCUCUCAGAUUCGCAGCCAUCCACCUUCGCCGAGAUAAAGUUGCGUCUGCUGACGAGGGCACAAACGAUUGGAUUUUCGCUCACGAUGCGUACAAGGAAUUCCAAAGAGAGGAUUCAGGUGUCUUGUGGAUCGAAGGGAAAGCUGGAAGCGGAAAGUCCGUCCUGGCGAAAUUCCUGCUCCAAAAGCUGCAGUCACUGCCGAAUGCUAACAGGGCGGCGGACGUCAAAGACAUAGUUGUGGAUUGGUUUUACAGCAGACGGGAUGGAGAAAUAACAAUGGCUCAUAGCUCCAUGCUCCGAUCUAUUGUUUAUAAGGUGUUCAAGGAUAGCCAGGAGACAUUCAAUUGUUGCAAGGCCUGCUAUCAGGAGCGGCGGCUUCAACCAGAUGGCUCCAGUGGGGAGUGGUCUUUUGAUGAUCUUCAAUGCAUUAUUAAAAGCAUCGUAUCAUCAAGCAUACCCAUCAUAUGCAUCUUGGACGGUCUGGACGAGUCUGCAGCAAACGAAAAUUUCCAGAGGACCCGUGCGACCAUUCUACGGAAUCUUGUUGCACUCGCCUUGAUACCCGGUUCUCGGAUCAAGUUCAUCAUGCUUAGCCGACCUACCCCUGACAUAGUCAUGCGAUUCAAUAGUCUUGUUGAAAGCACUGUGUCCUCGAAAAAGUGCUAUAAGAUCAUUCUUCAGCAUGAAAACAGGCAAGACGUUCUUCGAAUUAUUGAUAAUGGCUUAGUUGCCAUUAAAAAAGUCAUGGAAUCCUUGGAAUCAUGGGAUGAGGACAACGGCAGCAUUGAAGCUUCGAUGCCGCUAGAUGAAAUCUUCGAGGAGGGACCUCUAGAUGCGAUGAAUGGCAUCCGAACCCACCUAGCCGACAAUGCCAAAGGCGUUAUUCUUUGGGUCACACUUAUCAUCAACCAGCUCAUGCAGCAUUGCCGCACCGGUGGAGUCACAUUAGAGGAGCUUGAAAAGCUGCUCCAUUCUCUCCCACAUGAUCUCAUGGAAUACUACGAAAAACAUGAUCAAGGAGCUAGAGCAAAAACUGGAUAA